AUGGGAAAUUGCUCAUCUUAGAAAAAUCAUAAGAAUAAUACAACAACUACUAUUAAAUUAGAAGAAUUUAUAAAAACUGUAGAUCAAAACAAUGUUCAUGAUUAAGCAUUAGUUAUAUUAUAUCAUAGUAGAAAUUAACGUUUAAAUCAUUUAAAUGAACCUGUAUUGAGUGGUUUUAGCAAAUAGUUUUCCAGAACAUCAGAUUAAUCGCAAUAAAGAAAUUCUACUUGA